UUUCGAGCCGCCACAUUUAUCAACAGCCGAUCAUUCUUACGCUGUGAUUGGAGAGAUACGAUCGUUUGAUAAAUCACACGUGGACCCUGUCGUAAGACCAAAUAUACACUCGGAUCUGCGCUCGUUUCUACGCUCGCUUGAUAAAUGAGGGCCAUUGUGUUUUACAAUGAGCUGAAACAGUUCAUCUGUUCAUGAACAAAAUGAGUUAUUCAUUCAUUCAUUCAUUCAUUACCAUUAACCGCUUAUCCGCAAUCGGGUCGCGGGCAAGGGGCCUGAUUCACGACGACAUUUUGCCUAAUUACAAAAGGAAUGCAGUUCCAUGUACGGCCAGAGGCUGCAAGUGGCCCAAAGAUGGACGCUACGUCAAAAUUCCCAUCACCAUCUCCUCCAGAUACACCGGAGCAGAGCGCAACUUCAUCAUUAGAAGCCUGGUGACCUUCUAUCGAUCUACCUGCAUUCGCUUUUACUGGAGACAAUCUUGGCAGUCGAGCUACAUUCACUUCUUCUCUGGAAAAGGGUGUUAUUCCUCCCUGGGCCGUCAAGGCGGACAACAGAUGAUCUCUCUGAAAAGCAACGGUUGUUUGUUCACGGGCACAGUGCAGCACGAGGUCCUCCACGCUCUGGGCUUCCACCAUGAGCAAGUCCGCUCCGACAGAGACAAAUACAUCCAGAUCCUCACCAAGAACAUUCGACAAGGAAAAGAACAUAACUUUGUGAAGGUGGCGACUAACAACUUGGACACUCCCUACGACUUCCAGUCUGUCAUGCACUACAGCAAAUUCGCCUUCUCCAGAAACGGGAGUCCGACCAUCGUUUCAAAGACAGGCGGGGACUUUGGACGCGCCACAGAGAUGAGCGCCAAUGACAUCGCUCGCAUCAACCGCCUGUACCAAUGCCGACGUUAAUGAUGGACAGAAGUGUCGGCCUUCAGGUUCUUCAACACCGCUCGUCAUGAUCACAGGAGAGGCUGAGACAUGUUUUACUCAAAGAAAAAAAUACUUUGUAUGAUUCCUUUCAUUAUUAUUAAUCAUUACUAUAAGAUUCAUGGGGAUAUUCUAUAUUCAGGGAAAUAUAAAUGUUAGAUAUUUUAAGCAAAGAACAAAGAAAUUCUAAACUCCUCAUAUAGACUCCUUUGGGUCG